AAAAUUCUCUCUCUCUCUUUUUUCUCUCUAAAAGAUUUUAGGGUUUUUCUUUCUGUAAUUUCAUUAUCUUUCUGAAUCUAAAACUCACCGAUUCAGAUUCUUACACUGUUAUUCUUCUUCUUUUCCAGCUCGCUCUCGCCGGGUCGAACACGCUCCUUCAAGCUCUAUAGUUCAAACCUAUAACUUUGACCGUCAUUUUCGAAGUGUAGAAAUGAAGAUAUGUUCUUAUAUGAGUCCAGCUUGAUUUGAAAACAUUCUUCGAUAAGUCCAAAGGCAACAUCAUAAGAUCAUUAAGAGGCUGAAUAAAUCAAAUCUCGAUUUUUGGAGCUUAGUAUAGUCUGAAUUGACGGAUAUUCGUAGCCCGAAGCUGUGAUUUUUUUUUUUUGUUUUUUUGGAUUAAAGAGUUUUAGUUGCAGUGUUUGGGGAUUGGAAUGGGGGAUUCCGUUAGCGGUAAUGGCGAUGAUAAAGGUAGAAUUCAGAAUUUGAUAGCUGCAAGGAAGUCAUUGAAGCUUAGCUUAGACAAAUCAAAAGCCUUAGGGUUUGCUCUUGACAAAGCAGGACCUAGAUUGGAUGAGAUUAAGCAGAGAUUGCCUUCUCUAGAGGCGGCUGUACGCCCCAUUCUAGCUGAUGAGGAUGCCCUUGCUACUGUUGGUGGCCACAUUAACCGUGCUGUUGGUCCUGCUGCGGCAGUGCUUAAGGUUUUUGAUGCUGUUCAUGGUCUAGAAAAGUCGCUUUUAUCAGAUCCAAAAAAUGAUCUUCCUGGUUAUUUGUCUGUAUUGAAGCGCCUUGAAGAGGCAUUGAGGUUUCUGGGAGAUAAUUGUGGAUUGGCAAUUCAGUGGUUGGAGGAUAUAGUUGAGUAUUUGGAGGAUAAUACUGUGGCGGAUGCGCGGUUUCUUACCAAUUUGAAGAAGUCAUUGAAGAAUCUUAGGGAAUUGCAAAGUGAUGAUCAAAAGGCUCGCCUUGACGGUGGACUUUUAGAUGCUGCCUUGGAUAAAUUGGAAGGCGAGUUUCGACGGCUGUUAUCAGAACACAGUGUGCCACUUCCAAUGUCUUCCCCUUCAUCCCUGGGCCAACAGGCAGUAAUUGCACCAUCACCGUUACCUGUAACUGUCAUUCAGAAGUUGCAAGCAAUUCUUGGGCGGUUGAUUGUUAAUAAUAGGCUUGAAAGGUGCAUAUCAAUCUAUGUUGAAGUACGUGGUUCAAAUGUUAGAGCCAGUUUGCAGGCUCUUGAUUUGGAUUAUCUUGAGAUCUCCAUAGCUGAAUUCAAUGAUGUGCAGAGCAUAGAGGGCUAUAUAGCUCAGUGGGGCAAGCAUUUGGAGUUUGCAGUGAAACAUUUGUUUGAAGCGGAGUACAAGCUUUGCAAUGAUGUGUUUGAGAGGAUUGGAUUGGAUGUGUGGAUGGGAUGCUUUUCCAGUAUAGCUGCUCAAGCAGGUUUUCUUGCAUUUCUUCAAUUUGGGAAGACUGUUGCAGAAAGUAAAAAAGACCCGAUCAAGCUUUUGAAGUUGCUGGAUAUAUUCGCAUCUCUAAACAAGUUAAGGCUGGAUUUUAACAGGCUCUUUGGUGGAGCAGCCUGUAUUGAGAUCCAAAACCUUACAAGGGACCUCAUUAAGAGGGUGAUUGAUGGGGCAUCCGAGAUUUUCUGGGAACUUUUGGUUCAGGUGGAGUUGCAGAGGCAGAUUCCUCCUCCUCCAGAUGGGGGUGUGCCGAGACUAGUAAGCUUUAUCACUGAUUACUGUAAUAAGCUUCUUGGGGAUGACUAUAAGCCCAUUCUGACCCAGGUUCUGAUCAUUCAUCGAAGUUGGAAGCACGAGAGGUUUCAGGAGAGACUCCUUGUUACUGAGGUACUGAAUGUAAUAAAGGCCAUUGAGCUCAAUGUGGAGACUUGGACAAAGGCUUACGAAGACACCAUCCUAUCUAACCUUUUUGCUAUGAACAACCACUAUCAUUUGUACAAGCACUUAAAAGGAACAAAACUUGGAGAUCUCUUGGGAGAUUCUUGGUUAAGAGAACAUGAGCAGUACAAGGACUAUUAUGCCACGAUCUUCUUGAGAGACAGUUGGGGGAAGCUUCCCAGUCAUCUAAGUCGGGAAGGUCUUAUUCUUUUCUCAGGUGGGCGUGCCACUGCUCGUGAUCUUGUCAAGAAAAGGCUGAAGACUUUCAAUGAAGCUUUUGAUGAAAUGUACAGGAAGCAGUCAAACUGGGUUAUGCCUGAGAGAGACCUCAGGGAGAAGACAUGCCAAUUGAUAGUGCAAGCGGUUGUUCCUGUUUAUCGAAGUUAUAUGCAGAACUAUGGGCCCUUGGUUGAGCAGGAUGGAAGUUCAAGUAAAUAUGCAAAAUACUCCGUGCAGGCCUUGGAGCAAAUGCUUGCCUCUCUAUUUCAACCCAAGCCAGGAAGAUAUGGAAGUUUCAAAGGCAGGCAGCCUAGUGAGAAAUUCAACAAUGGGGUUGCAGAUCUUCGUCGUACAGCAUCUGCGGUUGUGUGAUAGUUCAGCUGUUACCGCCUUAUGAUGAUAAGCCUGGAAGGGAACCAUAUCCAAACAUCCCCUUCUGCAGUUACAUGUCAAUUCUUGUUUUGUACAUAUUGACAUCCUUGAGGGCUUUGGAACUGUUGUUCUGCAAAAUCAAUGAGAUAUUGAGGAGCUUGGUGCAUUAAGGUGAUAGCUUACUUUGGCCUUACCUAGGGACGUAGAUAAUACUUGGAGGUAUAGGUAAUAAAUUUACUUUCAUUUUUUUACUCAUUGAUUAAGUUAAUAGAUGGUGGCUGUAAAAACUUUGUAUGCUAGAUUUCAUGUACAAUUCUUCAAUAUUAAUAGAAAUUAGAGGUCUAGCGGGAAUAAAAUUUUAUUUGUUGAUCAAAAUUCUGAGAUGGUCAUAAGUUUGGGGUGUUCCUUGGAUGAUUGUCGUAUGCCAAUGUUACAAUUGUUUUACAGCCUUGAAUAGACUACUAAAAGGCAAAAAGCAUGUUAGGCAGUAAAGUGGUGGCUCAUUUAUGUAGUCUUUGUUUGAUGUAAUAGAAUUCUUCAAUGUUUAAUUAUUUCACAGCA